AUGACUGCUACGCCACCAACGACUCCUCCACCCUCGGCUACUCCUGCGCCGCCGCCGAUGUCGCCGCCGCCGGCCCCAAUUCCUGCAACUCCUACCUCACCUUCCGCUCCCAGACCAACUAUCAGACCCCCGCGGCCAUCGCCCGCCUCCUUCGCAGCGAUUCCGCCGCCAUCGCCCGCAUCAACGGCGUCGCCGACGCCGACCCGAUCCCACUGAAGUCUCUCGUCCUCGUCCCCGUCGACUGCUCCUGCACCGGCGGCAAGUUCUACCAGUCCAACACCAGCUAUGUCAUCAAAAACAAGGGCGAGACUUACUUCAUCAUUGCCAACGACACCUACCAGGGUUUGA